GCUCUGCGCGCUUCGCACGCUCCCUCGACCUCCCCCCUCCCCGGCCCCAACCCCUUCCUGCUCGAGAAGGAAAUGGAUACUGCUGUCAUUCAGAAGGACUUGGGCCUUCCAGUUGGAGAAGCAAUAUUCGGGAAAACAAUACUUAUCCUGGGGUUCGGAGCCAUUGGCAUGGAAAUUGCCAAGAGACUAAGACCAUUUGGAGUGAAAAUUCAUGCUACAAAAAGAAACUGGUCAUCAAAUACAGUGUCUUGUGAUCUUGAUGGGCUGGUUGACAAGAAAGGUGGUCCAGAAGAUAUGUACGAACUCGUUCAAGAAGCUGACAUAGUUAUAACUUGCAUGACGUUAAACAAUGAAUCAGUUGGGAUUGUGGAUCACAAGUUCCUGUCAGCUUUGAAAAGGGUUGUUGGUGAUGUUGCCCUCAAGCUUCACGCGGGGGAGCCAUUCACCGAAAUAGAAUUUGUGAACUAGGCAAACUGAGUAGAUGGCGGCAUUGUUGAUUUAAUUUAAGACGUUCCAGUUUGAAGCGGACACCGUCGUCGUCCCUUAGAUUCCCUCCUCCACCGCAGAUCGACUCCAGUUGCGUCGACUCCCGCUGCCGCCGGGGUAUACUCCGCCAAGAUCGCACCACCACCGCUGCCGCCACUGGUAUUUCCCUGCUCCUCUCUCCUUGCGCUAAACUGUACAAAAUAUAUUAUUUUCGUGGGCAAACUUAUAGAAGUAGGAUGGUCCUUUUUACCUUGGAGACAUUGUCUUGUAGUUGAGGUUGGAGAUGCAGAGCUUGGUGCAGCAUAUGGAUAAGGCACGCCCAGUUUUACUUGUAGGUGUUGUUGAUUUUAUCAUGCACUUCCAUACAAAGAUUAGAAGUAGAAGGUGUUCUGCUUACAUUUUCCAUGCAAAAAAAAAUUGACAUUUUCAUAGCAUUACUGAAUACAAUUGUAUUUGCAUGACAUUUAUACACAUUACUGAAUGUACAUCGCUGAAAUUGAGCUCUUAUGUACUCAGUGUCAGAUACAAAGUUCAAGUAUCAGUUCAUAUAAGGAAUAGGCAUCCUAACUUUGUAAAAGUAGAUAUGAUAAACAUAGGAACUUACUUCUGGUACUAAUCCUUUGAUGCUUUUCUUUUUAUUGCCACCAGUAUAAGAUUAAGCUGGACAGCAAAAUCUUGGAUAGUAUGUAACACCCUUUCUGCAUAUUCAGAAUCUGUAUGCAAACACACUCAAUUUGAUCUAACUUUUGUUGAUAGGCAUAAACCACUACACAACAUUAUAUGCUAGGAACGACGGGAUGCACGUCAGAAAACUUGUCAUGAAUGAUGCUUCAACGGAUGCUGCAGUCAUCUCAUCUCCGUCAGUCAUGAUGAAAAAACAUAUGAUAAUCCCCAUAAUCCAGUGUCAAUAUUACUGAUUUCUCCAUGUGCUAUGCAGCUUACAGGCAUGGAAAGAGAAUAGGAAAAACGAUAUACUUGCAGCUUCAGGUUUUCUCUAAACUUUUGUUUGCUAUCUUAUUUAAUCACAUGUUCAAUUGAUAAUACACAAAUAUUUGUCUACUUUCAGGCAGCAUUGAGUUUGCUGCACAUAGUUAGUUCCCUAGAGAAUGUUCAGUCUGGUGAAACAUGUUAAGAAGAAGUAUGGAAAUCCGCCUGUGUUCAUUACUAAGAAUGGUAAGUCGCUGAAGAUUGUAUAGUUCCCUGCCG